CGGACUAAAGUAAAAAUAAAAAUGCUCCGAUUAAUUGCCACCAUCCUUGCCGUUGGCAUUUGGCUGUCGCAGUGCGCAUCGUACGGCGAAGCGUUUGUCGCCGAUGGCGAGGAUGACACCAACUUUUGCAACUUUGGUCCGAGACAUUGCCCCUGCCUGGGAAAUGCCAUCGAUUGCUCGAAGAGGAACCUGAAAACGCUGUUCCCGAUGCCGCGCUGGGUAGAUAAUCUUGAUCUGGCCUCUAAUCAUUUGACCCACGAUACAAUUUCGGCGCAAUUAACUGACCUUCGCAAGCUACAAGAGUUAAACUUGAACAACAAUCGGUUGCGUCGUUUGCCGGUUUUGAGGGGCGUUAGAAAUCUUACAAAGCUGUUUGCGAACAACAAUGAAAUCGAAACUAUCGAUAUGGAAGCGUUAGCAGGGCUGCCAGCGUUGAAAUUUCUGGACCUAUCGCGGAACUCCAUACAGGAGCUGCAGUACAGCUCAUUUCCAGUGAAAAAUAAUUUACAGUAUUUGAACUUAAACUUCAACAAGCUGGGAACCCUUACGAAAGGUCCAUUCGAUCGAUUGAAAUCGCUGAAAAGGCUAGAAAUUAGCAGCAAUGGCUUGGAGGAGGUGCAAGUACUAGCCUUCCAGAAUCAGAAUCAAUUGAAAAGUCUAAAGUUGAACAAUAAUCGCAUUCCUGCGUUACAAAAUGGCGUCUUUCAUGGGCUUAAAGCGAUAGCGAUCCUCGAGCUAAACAACAACAGCAUUGCUACUGUGCGAAAAGAAGGAUUCUUCAAUCUGACAAGCCUCACCAAUCUGGCCUUGGCACACAAUCGAAUAGUUGAAAUUGAACGAUCCGGUUGGGAAUUUACACCGAAACUAAUCAGCUUAGACCUUUCGUACAAUCAGCUGGAAUCGCUCGAUCGCUACACAUUUGAGGAAUUAUCGUCUUUGCAAAUGCUCAAUCUGCAAGGCAACCGAAUUUCGUUGAUCGGUGAAGGUACAUUCAAUGAGACGAGUGCGUUAGAAACGCUAUAUCUAAAUGAAAACCGCAUCUCAUCCACGAUCGAGGAUAUGCGAGGACCUUUUAUGGGGCUAGCCCGGUUGGAACGAUUGUACUUGAAUGCGAACGAAAUUAAGUCAAUCAAUCGAAAUGCAUUUUUGGGUCUCAAGUCGCUUACGUUGCUGGAGCUGAGCCAAAAUAAUAUAUCCUCGAUACAGAACAAUACGUUCAAGACUACGCCUCAGUUGAAGAAUUUUGUUAUGAAUUCGACCAAUUUAAUAUGCGAUUGUAAUCUGGUUUGGUUUUACCAGUGGAUUACGAGCGGAGAUCGGAGAGAUAUGUUUAAAGUAGACGCCGAAUGCAUCUACCCAUACUGGCUGCGAAGUCGGUUGAUACGUGAUCUGCAUUUAGCUAAUUUUUCUUGCUAUGAUUCCCCCAAACCUCAUCUCAUCGAUGAACCGAAAUCGCAAAUCGGUAUCCGGGGUACUAACGUAUCGCUCGUCUGCACAGCCACAUCCAUCGCAGCUGACCCAAUGACUUUCAAGUGGAAACAGGAUAAUGUGGAAUUGUCUGCCGAACAGUACACGAUUCAACAGAUAAACAAUGAAAAUGGCACCAUUGGCACGACAGAAUUGAUUAUACCAAACAUACAGCAAUCGGGCGCCGGCAAAUACCAAUGCAUAAUAACCAACAAUUUUGGUGUGGUGUACUCGCCCAAAAUAAAGGUAACCGUUGGAACGUAUCCAAGGUUUCGCAAAACACCGUCCGACAUAAGCGUUGAGCCGGGAAAGGUGGCACGGUUAGAUUGUGCGGCCAUGGGUGAACCGAAGCCUCAAAUAUCUUGGGAAAAAGAUGGUGGAAAUGAUUUUCCUGCCGCGAAAGAACGGCGCAUGCACGUUAUACCGAAUGAAGGUGCUUUUCUAAUUUUAAACGUUCAACUGGUGGAUGCGGGCAUGUACAGCUGUACCGCCGAAAACCCGGCUGGAAUUAUUCGUGCGAACGCUUCCGUGGUGGUGCUAGAAAGCCAAAAGGCUAGCCGAUCGGUAACGAGUCUAGAAAUUCCAAUCGGCAAAGCUAGUGUGCUUGAGUGUAAGGUAAGUGUUUCGCCGAAACCAGAAAUAUUUUGGCUAAAGGAUGGAGAGCCAAUCGGGUUGACGGAGCGUCAUUUCAUUACCGGCGAGGGCCAACUGCUGGUGAUCGUCGAUACGGAGAUGAACGACGCUGGAUUGUACGAAUGUCGGUUUGAGAAUGAUUUUGGCAGUGAAAGUGGUUCGACACGGCUUAUCGUUAUUGAUGGUCCAGAAGAUAUGCAUGGUUCGGUUUUAGGCGAUAUCGGUACAGCGUAUGGAGCGGCCGGUGCUCAGGACGAAGAGAUAUUGCAAGCCAAACUGCUGGACUCUUGGUUGACGAUCUUGCUUGCGCUGUUUGUCUGUGUGAUGCUGACAUCGUUCGUCUGGAUGAUUUGCAUGUAUCGUAUGAAGAAACGAAUACGGGGCUCGGUUAGUGGAUGUCCAGGAGACACGGAACUGGAUCUUGCAACUGGUAUGGAAAUAAAUCAACCAAAUUUAAUUGUACGAAGCGGUGUCGGCACGUCUACCACACCUGCUGGUUACUUUGAAUAUUUGAUUCCGAUGGUAAGGAAUGGCGAGGUAACGAGCAACGUAGACGAUGACGGCGAGAGUGCCGAUGGCGGUACCAUUGGUCGUGACCAUGCAGGAUUCUAUACGGCUGUUUCAAAAACGAACGUUCCUUCAACUGAGCUUGAUUCGGAUGAUUUGGACGAUGAUCUCUCAUCGAAAGACUCAGGAACUGGUGGUGAUUGUGCAUCUGCCACAGGUUCGACAACUGCCGCACAUCGUGGUAGUCAGGAAGAUUUGAAGUGUUUGCUAAAUUCGCUUAAUCGGAAGCAUACCAGUGAUGACGAACUUCACCAUCAUAAACCUUACCAGCUGUCGAGGCGGUCGGAUGGUAUUAUUCUAUCAUCGCCACAUCAAACUUCGCACGACCCUGAUGAUGAUCCUAGACUAGAGCCUCCACCUCCGAUACCACCAGUAAAUGCAACUAAUGCCGUACUGAUUGUUGGGACUGCUGCACCACCGUCAGCUGCCGAUCCUCCAAUGCUCAGAGACGAUCGCAUUCCGGCACAUGCCGCGCACAUAGCAACUCGUAUGCCAAAUUCACAAACUUUCCCAAUGUUCAUGCAACCACCUUCAGUAACGGAACCGACGUUACGGACAACUUCACUCGAAGCUUCCGCUGAUCCUGUCGUACCGUCGAAAAAAAUACAGCAACCAGCACCGCCGCAAAACCAGAUACAGGUGAAUCAGCUGUAUCAACUACUGCUGGAAAAUCCACGAUUAAUGGAAAAACCGGCCAAAUAUAGAACCAAAUCGAUGGACCAAUGUCAGGACAGAGAUGGUAGCAGCAGUGGUGUCGGGACGGGAAGUAGUAAUGGUAGUACGGUGAACGGUACAUGCCCCAGUGAGCAACCAAGACAGUUAUCAACGAGGAUAGUGCCAGACACGAGACGAUAA